AGCGACAGUUAACGGCAGGUCGGAGUCAGUCUGCUUUCAACCGCGGCGGUGUUGGUGUCGUAGCUUUCGGGUUAUAGUAAUAGAGACUAGAAUAAUACAAUGGCUGAUCAACUGACAGAGGAGCAGAUCGCUGAAUUCAAAGAGGCUUUCUCACUAUUUGACAAGGAUGGCGAUGGCACAAUCACCACAAAGGAAUUGGGAACAGUUAUGAGGUCACUAGGUCAGAACCCUACAGAAGCAGAACUACAAGAUAUGAUCAAUGAAGUAGAUGCUGAUGGUAAUGGAACCAUCGACUUCCCCGAAUUCCUGACCAUGAUGGCAAGGAAAAUGAAAGACACAGACAGUGAAGAGGAAAUCAGAGAAGCAUUCCGUGUAUUUGAUAAGGAUGGUAAUGGGUACAUUAGUGCGGCAGAGCUUCGUCACGUAAUGACAAACCUGGGUGAGAAGUUAACAGAUGAAGAAGUUGAUGAAAUGAUCAGGGAAGCAGAUAUUGAUGGCGAUGGUCAAGUGAACUAUGAAGAGUUUGUACAGAUGAUGACAGCGAAGUGAAGGCUUUGUACAGAAAUUUAUUGUAUAAAAAUGUUUAUUUGCCUUUCUUUGUUUGUAAUUUAUCUGUAAAAUGUUUAUCCCUCCCCUGCUGUCCAAAGGAAAUGCAUGUAUAGUACUUAGAAUUCAAGUCCUCCUGUCCCCCUCUUUGCUGUCAUUGUGUUGAGAUUCGAUCAAGUUAACAGAUGUAUGUGGCUUCAUUGAAGUGCAUUUAAACUUUGUGCACGAUACACUUACCACAGCUUGAAGUGAGAAAAUCUUGGUAUACCUGUUUGAAGUUGGAUGUCACUUGGCAACAAUGUUGGCAUGUAAACAUUAAUGUGGAGUAGUUACUCUGCAUGGACUAUGGACAAAAGUAUAUAUGAAAUUUCUCAGCCUUGCACUAUUGCAAAACGGGUGUAUCAUCCAGGUACUCGUACACUAACUCUUUUUGUAUUUGCUGUUCUGUACCAGAGAACUUGUUCUGUUCUUACUAUGCUUUUAAUUUUGUUUAGACACUUUUUUUUUUUUUUUUUUUUUAACUGCUUAUGGCAGACAUGCCUCAAAGAUCCAUUCCAAGUUGUAUAUUUUUGUUUUCCAAUAAAAUUUACAAUUUAACCCAAA